AAAGAUAUCCAGGAGGAAGUGGACACCUUUAUGUUUGAGGGUCAUGAUACGACAGCAGCUGCCAUGAACUGGGCCAUACACUUGUUAGGAUCCCAUCCUGAAGUCCAAAAAAAGGCACAACAAGAACUAUUUGAGGUUUUUGGCGAGUCAGAAAGGCCUAUUAACACAGAGGAUCUGAAGAAACUGCGUUAUCUGGAGUGUGUGAUAAAGGAGUCUCUGCGGCUCUUCCCCUCUGUUCCGUUUUUUGCCCGAACCAUCUGUGAGGAUACACAGAUCAAUGGCUAUAAAGUCCCUAAAGGAGCAAAUGUCAUCAUCAUAACUUAUGCCGUUCACCGUGACCCACGCUUCUUCCCUGACCCUGAAGAGUUUCGUCCUGAACGUUUCCUGCCAGAGAAUUGCAUCGGUCGCCAUCCUUAUGCCUUCAUCCCAUUCUCUGCCGGCCUUCGCAACUGCAUCGGUCAGCGUUUUGCUAUAAUGGAGGAGAAGGUUAUUCUGGCUUCUAUUCUGCGCUACUUUAACAUAGUAGCAUGUCAGAAAAGGGAGGAUCUCCGGCCACUGGGCGAACUGGUACUGCGACCAGAGCGAGGCAUCUGGAUCACGUUGGAGCGCAGAAAGCACUAAUAUACACAUAGCCAACACAGUGUCAUGAGAAUUUGUACAAGAUGGCAGUAUUGUGUAGUGUAUGAUUCAAACCUAAAUUUACCCAUAAAGCCUAAACCAUGUUUGUUCUACACUUUUGUAUGAUAUCCACCUUAUUUUGCAAUGUGGAAGCAAGCUUUUUUCUUUGAAUAUG